AUUCCAUACUCGAUGGUGUUGCUUGACGUUGACAGCUGAUCCAUUCUGUCAGUAUAUAAAUGCAAGUGCAUGUGUUGUACUUACAACUCACAUAGUGUUUUUCGUACGGAAUCUACACGGCGACGUGCUACAAGCGGAAAAAAUUGUUAUUGUUCAUCAUAGCAAGCGAAUAAAAAGUGAUUGCAAUGUCGCAAAAAAUCACCUGUAAUGUGAACAAUCCACCAGUUGGUGGUUUGGCUGCCAUUGAGUUGGUGAAGGCAACAAAUCCCGUUGGACUUGAAUGGGGAAAAGAAUCAACAAUUUCAUUUGGCGACGAAAAUGCAAAAUUUGUGUACAAUUCCGAAAAUGAUAUCUUACGUUUCAUCGGUCGCAUUGCCGGCAAGUACAAGCUCUACGGAUCGAAUCCCGUUGAACAGACACAAAUCGAUCAAUGGCUUGCAUUUUCGUUGACAUUCGGAAAUGAUUUGAGCAAAUCAUUGGCAUAUCUUGAGAAAUGUUUGGGUGCAUUGACCUAUUUGGUGACAAACAGUUUGACUAUCGCUGAUUUGGCGGUGUUUUCACAGCUGUCGCGUCAAUUGGUGGGCGCAAAGAAAAUAGGAAUUCCAGGCCAUGUUCAGCGAUGGUAUAAUUUGAUUGAAGCACAAGAAUGUGUGAAACAAGCGUUAGCCGCAUUGCCAGAUGAAGCCAAGAAGACAUUGUCAACAGCCACUGAAACAGCAAUCAAGCGGCAACCGGCAAUUGAACGCAAACAAGAAGGAAAGUUUGUCGAAUUGCCAAAUGCAAGAAUGGGUGAAGUUGUUGUGAGAUUCCCACCAGAAGCAUCGGGAUAUCUGCACAUCGGACAUGCCAAAGCAGCUCUACUCAAUCAGCAUUAUGCUAAUGCAUUCAAGGGAAAAUUGAUCAUGCGAUUCGAUGACACAAAUCCUGCAAAGGAAACUGUCGAAUUCGAACAAGUCAUUUUGGGCGAUUUGAAAUUACUCGAAAUUAAACCCGAUCUAUUCACACACACAUCCAAUUACUUCGAUUUAAUGAUCGAGUACUGUGAACGAAUGCUGAAAGAAGGCAAGGCUUAUGUCGAUGACACCGAACCGGAACAAAUGAAAAAGGAACGCGAAGCGAGAAUCGCAUCAAAGCAUAGAGAUAAUUCAUAUGAGAAAAAUCUUGAAAUGUGGAAGGAAAUGUUGGCCGGUACUGUUGCUGGCAAGAAGUGCUGUGUUCGCGCCAAGAUCGAUAUGAAUUCAAACAAUGGAUGUAUGCGUGAUCCAACCAUUUACCGGUGCAAAGAUGAAGAGCAUCCUCGGACUGGAAAGAAAUACAAAGUGUAUCCCACAUAUGAUUUCGCCUGUCCAAUUGUCGAUGCCAUUGAAGGUGUAACGCAUACUCUCCGAACCACCGAAUAUCACGACCGAAAUCCACAGUUCUUCUGGUUCAUCGAAGCGCUCAACCUGCGUCGUCCAGAAAUCUACGAUUACAGUCGUUUGAACUUGACAAAUACUGUACUUUCAAAACGAAGACUAACGUGGUUCGUGGAUGAGGGUUUGGUCGAUGGUUGGGACGAUCCACGUUUCCCAACGGUACGUGGUAUCGUACGACGUGGUUUGACAGUGAAAGGUUUGAGUGAAUUCAUCAUUGCUCAAGGUUCAAGUAAAGCAGUCGUUUUCAUGGAAUGGGAUAAGAUUUGGGCAUUCAACAAGAAAGUCAUCGAUCCAAUUGCUCCACGUUACACUGCCUUAACACUGAACAAAACGGUUGUCAUCAACGUGGCUGGCGUAAAAGCAGAACAGGUUCAAGUUGCUGCCCAUCCAAAGAAUCCAGAAGUUGGGCAAAAGACCAUUUGGACUGGGCCACGUAUCUUGAUCGACUACGAAGAUGCCGAAACUUUGAAGGAAGGUGAAAACGCUACCUUCAUCAAUUGGGGCAAUUUGCUGAUCAAGAAAAUCAAUCGUGAUGGGAAUAAAAAGAUCACAUCCAUUGAUGCUGUUCCAAAUCUGGAGAAUAAAGACUAUAAAAAGACAGUGAAAUUGACCUGGUUGUAUGAAGGUGAAUCGAAAGAUGAUUUCCCACCAACCGUUUGCGUCUAUUUCGAACAUAUCAUCAGCAAACCAGUGCUCGGCAAAGAUGAAGACUUCAAACAAUACGUUGCAAAGGAUACGAGAAAAGAGGUUCAAAUGUUGGGCGAUCCUGAGUUGAAAAAGUGCAAAGUGGGCGAUAUCAUUCAGUUGCAACGCCGUGGUUUCUUCCGUGUUGACAACGCCUAUGCUCCACCGAGCACACACACUGGCAAAGCGUCAACUGUAAUUCUCUUCGAAAUUCCAGAUGGUUCUCAAAAGUCGUCGAUAGCACCACCAGCCGCUGCUGCUAAAACUAAAACCAUCAGCAGCAGUGCAUCGUCAUCUGCUAAUGGUUUGAGUGAGAAAAUUGCUGCCCAAGGAAAUCUUGUGCGUGAUCUCAAAUCUCAAAAGGCUGAGAAAGCUAAAAUUGAUGCUGCCGUUAAGGUUUUGCUUGCAUUGAAAGCCGACUAUAAGGCACAAACUGGUGCUGAUUGGACACCAAAUGCUGCUCCAGUUAAAAAGGAAUCUUCGCCAUCAUCCGGUGACUUGAACGAUAAGAUUACAAAGCAAGGCAAUUUGGUUCGUGAUUUGAAGUCACAAAAAGCCGACAAAUCAAAGAUCGAUGUUGCCGUAAAAACUUUGCUCGCUUUGAAAUCUGAGUUCAAAACACAAACUGGAAAAGACUGGAUGCCAGGCGCAAUCGCUCCAGAAGUCAAACCAAUUGCUGCUGCCCUACAAGCUGGCGCCCAAUCUGCCAAUAUUGUUGAUAAAAUUGUGAAGCAAGGCGAUUUGGUACGGGAUUUGAAGACAAAGAAGGCAGACAAGUCACAAAUUGAUGCUGAGGUGAAAACAUUGCUCGCGUUGAAGGCUGAAUACAAAGCCCAAACAGGCCAAGAAUACAAACCAGGAGCAGCACUCGUUGCAAGUGCUCCACAACCAGCUCAAUCACAAUCACAAUCACAACCACAAUCCGCUGAUAUUGUUUCAAAAAUUGUGAAGCAAGGCGAUUUGGUGAGAGAUUUAAAGGCGAAAAAAGCCGACAAAUCACAAAUCGACACCGAAGUGAAAACUUUGCUUGCACUGAAAGUUGAGUACAAAGCGCAAACUGGUCAAGACUAUAAGCCAGGCGCCGCUCCUGUAGCUGCUGCACCACAGCCAACGCAAAGAAGUUCGGAUAAAUCCGCCGAAUUGAACGAUAAAAUCGCUGCACAGGGCAAUGUUGUACGUGAUUUGAAAGCGAAAAAAGCCGAUAAAGCAACAGUUGACUCCGAAGUGAAAAAACUGUUGGCAUUGAAAACCGAAUUCAAAACGUUGACAGGAAACGAUUGGAAGCCUAAUGCCAACGCUACUCCUGCUGCGAAUGCCAAACCAGCAGCAGCAGCAGCAACAACAACAACAACGACAGCAAUGGCACAACCAGCGAGUGACGCAACACAGUUGAGCGUCCAAAUUGCACAACAAGGCAACGUUGUACGCGAUUUGAAGGCACAAAAAGCUGACAAAGCAAAAAUCGAUAGCGAAGUAAAAACUUUAUUGAGCUUAAAAGCCAAGUACAAAGAAUUAACUGGACAAGAUUGGAAGCCAGCGGGCGAUGCAGGCAAUGCUCCACGUCCAAAGGCACCAAAACCAGCCAAGGAGGCAAAACCAAAACCGGUCGAAAAAGAGAAACCAGCUGAUAAGGAUGGUGGUGCAAAGAAAGUGACUCGCUUGGGUUUGGAAGCAACAAAAGAAGAUAAUUUACCAGAAUGGUAUUCGCAAGUGCUCACAAAGGCUGAACUCAUCGAAUACUAUGACGUGUCUGGGUGCUACAUUCUGCGUGAUUGGUCAUUUGCCAUUUGGAAAGUGAUUCAACGGUGGUUCACCGAAGAGAUUGAAAAAUUGGGUGUGAAGGAAGUUUAUUUCCCAAUGUUUGUGUCAAAGGCUGCUUUGGAGAAAGAAAAAGAUCACAUUGCUGAUUUCUCGCCUGAAGUUGCUUGGGUCACCAAAUCUGGUGAAUCCGAAUUAGCUGAACCGGUUGCCAUUCGACCAACAUCCGAAACAGUUAUGUAUCCAACAUUCGCAAAAUGGGUUCAAUCGUACCGUGAUCUCCCGAUUAAAAUCAAUCAAUGGAGCAACGUGGUGAGAUGGGAAUUCAAACAUCCACAACCUUUCUUGCGCACACGUGAAUUUUUGUGGCAAGAAGGACACACUGCUUACGAAAAGAAAGAAGACGCCGAUGCUGAAGUCUUAACCAUUUUGGAUCUUUACUCUCGCAUCUACUCCGAUUUGCUUGCAAUUCCAACGAUGAAGGGAAGAAAGACCGAAAAAGAAAAGUUUGCUGGUGGUGAUUACACAACCACCGUUGAAGCUUAUAUUGCAGCCAGUGGCCGAGCUAUUCAAGGUGGCACCAGUCAUCAUUUGGGUCAGAACUUCUCGAAAAUGUUCGAAAUUGUCUACGAAGAUCCAGAGACGAAGGAAAAAAAGUAUGUUUACCAGAAUUCAUGGGGUCUUACAACACGUACUAUCGGUGUAAUGAUUAUGGUGCACGCUGACAACAAAGGUCUUGUAUUGCCACCGAAUGUGGCUUCAAUUCAAGCGAUCGUUGUACCAUGUGGCUUAACAGUUAACACCAAACCAGAAGAAAAGGAAGAGCUCUUGAGCAGCUGUAAAUCGCUAGAAGCGACGCUAAAAGCAGCUCAAGUUCGUGUCGAAGGUGAUUACCGUGAAAAUUACUCACCGGGUUGGAAAUUCAACCAUUGGGAACUCAAAGGUGUUCCAAUUCGUAUUGAACUCGGCCCGAAGGAUAUGAAAGCCAAGCAAUUGGUUGCUGUACGUCGUGACACCGGUGAAAAGUUGACAAUUCCAUUGAGUGAAGUGCCAAUAAAAAUUCCAGCUUUGCUCAAACAAAUCCACAGCGACAUGUUCAACAAGGCAAAGGCAGAUUUCGAUAAACAUAUUUGUCUUGUUCACAGCUGGUCUGAUUUCGUCGGUGGACUGGCAAAAAAGAAUUUGCUAUUGGCUCCAUUCUGCGGUGAUCAAACUUGCGAGAAAUAUAUCAAGGAUGACAGCGCCAACAACGACGCUGACACCGAAGUUGGAGCAUUGGCAAUGGGAGCCAAAUCAUUGUGCAUACCAUUCGAACAACCAAAAUCGCUUGACGCCAACGCAAAGUGUAUACAUCCAAAAUGCACACUCAAACCAAAAGCCUACACUCUCUUCGGAAGAAGCUAUUAGAAUCAUUCAAUUCUCAUUAACCGUUUUGCAUUUUCUCGCAUUUGUUUUAGCCGAAACAUUUUUGAAAACUUUUUCCCCUUUACAUUGAAAAGAAGAAGAAGAAGGAAUCAAGUUUUGUUUUCUAUCUAAUUAACGUUCGAAUAAACCUAAUAUUUUAUACAAAUUUCAA